AUUAAUUAGCUUCAAAAUAUUAUUAUGUCAUUUCUCCAGCUCACCUGCAAAUUUUUUCAACUGUCUCUCUAUAUUCAGAUCUCCGUUGAUCCACCGCCGUAUCGGUAAAUCAUGUCGUACGCAUAUCUCUUCAAGUAUAUUAUCAUCGGCGAUACUGGAGUUGGAAAGUCAUGUCUACUUUUGCAAUUUACGGACAAACGGUUUCAACCAGUUCAUGACCUGACCAUCGGGGUUGAAUUUGGGGCUCGAAUGAUCACAAUCGACAACAAACCAAUUAAACUACAGAUCUGGGACACGGCUGGUCAAGAAUCAUUCAGAUCCAUCACAAGGUCAUAUUACAGAGGGGCUGCGGGCGCAUUACUUGUUUAUGAUAUUACAAGGAGGGAAACUUUUAAUCACCUUGCUAGUUGGUUAGAAGAUGCAAGACAGCAUGCAAAUGCAAACAUGACCAUAAUGCUGAUUGGGAACAAGUGUGAUCUGGCUCAUAGAAGGGCUGUAAGCACAGAAGAAGGUGAGCAGUUUGCCAAAGAAAACGGAUUGAUAUUCAUGGAGGCCUCAGCUAAAACAGCUCAGAAUGUUGAAGAGGCUUUCAUCAAAACAGCCUCAACAAUCUAUAAGAAAAUACAAGAUGGAGUGUUUGAUGUAUCGAAUGAGUCUUAUGGUAUAAAAGUUGGAUAUGGAGGCAUUCCAGGACCAUCAGGUGGAAGAGAUGGAGCUGCUUCUCAAGGAGGGGGUUGUUGUACUUGAAACUUGAAAAUCAUUCUUCAAACUUGAUCAUGUUCUCAUCAUCUCUAUGCCAGCCAUCAUCACGGGUCUUUCAUUCUUAUCUUAUUUGUUUUAAUGAUGUUACCUGUGCAAAAAUAAGCAAAAUUCAGUAAAUAGUGGACAGUCCAUCUUUAUGUGCGCCCGUGUAUAAUAGUUGGCAUUUCAAAAUGUGAAUAGAAUUCCUUAUAUCUUGUGUGCUUGUGUGAAUGAGAAAUAUUGAACUACA